AUCAGUAUGUGAUGGUAAUUAAUGUGAUGUUAAUAUGUAGCCGCUUUAUUUACUAGUUGUAAUCGUGAAAGGCGAGCAUGAAGACUGUUGUUAAGUUGUUAAACAUACUAAAACGUCAGUGUCAACAUUUCUUUUCAUAAGGACUUUUUUGGUAUUUGCAAUGUGCACCCUCCAUCAAGGUUAAGGUGAAAGUGGGAGGAUAUGAUACCACUGAACGCAUCCUUUGUGUGCAUAUGUGUAUGACAUUGAUAACAUGUGGCAGUCUUUCUUGCGAGCCAGUGGCUGCAAUGUGGGCUCUCAGGCACUACGGCUUUGGUGCAAAUAUCCUGCCGCUGUUCACAUGUAGCCCUGGUUGGAGAGAGUAAUUGUUCCUACUUCAGGCCCUCCUCUACUUUGUUCCUCCAUUCACUGCCCUUCACCAACCCGGACGCAGGAACUCCCCAAAAAGGCCAGGUCACAGAGGGAAGGGAGGCAGGCGCUUACUCGAACCGUUUCACAAUCGCAAAGUCACCGGAACCGAAAGUAAGAGUAGUGCCGAACGUUGGAGUCGAGUCACUCAUCAUCCGUCCGAACUUGGGACGAGACUCACGUGGGAUUCAGGCGUUACCAGAAAAAUAUCUGGGUGACCAUAGGCAUAUUUAAAAAGUUACGGCAAAUGUGUGGUUAUUGGCAGUGAGCUGAUAAUUGAACUGCUCAAAAUAUUAUACGUUUUAGUGGUUCAUUGUAAGAGAAAUGAUUCUGUGAAUAAAUCUGCACUAGUGUCGUUUCUAAGGGAGUUGUAUCAAUUAUGGCAGGUCGCGUGUUGUGGGCCUGCACAGGCGUCUUGUUAUCGGCAGCGGUGCUCGUGAUUGGAGACCCCCCGCCCCCCAUCGUCCGCCUUCAGCCGCAGGGCCGGGCCAUCGACACACAUACGUACUAUUCAUACAACAAGAUCGCCCACAAAGCAUGCAGAGUGGGCGGCGUUGAGGGCGUGUGCAUGUUCGUGUGGGAGUGCAUUAAGACGGACGGCCACCACAUGGGCAUGUGCAUGGACGGCUUCAUGUUCGGCUCUUGCUGCACGCACGACGAAGCCUCCAACAGCCUCAAGCCGUCAUCGGGUCAGAAGGAAGGCGAGGAGGUGGUCGCCCCGGGUAUCUCUGUCAAGAACACCACGGAGCCCGUAACGCCCACGGCGCCCACACCCACUGUCUCAACGGGGGCGGCUUCCGUCAUUACGUCACGCCCACUUACCAUUCAGCGACCCACAUCCCGCCCCUCGACCCUGCGUCCCAUCCCCGGCACCGCACUGCCAGUGACCUCCACUCCUCGCACAGGCAGCCCUUCCUCCAGGGAGCCGCCGAGCACGCCCGCGUCGCCCGUGCCGCCCACGCCACCCUCGCCGCCCACGAGGCCAACGCGGCCUCCCAAACCCACAAAGCCGCAACGCCCUACCACGCGCCCCUGGUGGGCGUCAGCGUACACGACCCCCCCGAUCCCCUCGGAGGAACGCGUUACCACCGAGUCCACGACGCCGCCCCCGCCCACUGUCCCCAGCACACUGUCCCCUUCCACGACCACGACGAGAAGAACGACCACCCGUAGGUCCACCACUCGAACGCCUACUACUACUAGACGGUCUACCACCACUAGAAGAACGACUACAUCAUCAACAACAACAACCACAACAACAACAACAACAACGACCACAACACCAAUGCCUUCGACGACGACCGCCAGCGCUUCUUCACCAUCUGGUCCUCUGGUUAGCAGCGCGCACACCAAGUACGAGUGCGGCGUCCCGAGCAUCCUCCCGCAACCCGAGGGCAGGAUCGUGAACGGCAGCAACGCCAGGUUCGGCGAGUGGCCGUGGCAGGUGUCAGUGCGGCGUAUCAGUUUCUUCGGGUUCUCCUCGACGCACCGCUGCGGAGGCGCCCUGCUCAACGACCAGUGGGCGGCCACCGCGGGCCACUGCGUCGACGACUUGCUGGUGCAGCAAAUUCGCAUCCGCGUGGGCGAGUACGACUUCUCAUCCGUGCACGAGCCCCAUCCCUACGUAGAGCGCGCCGUCAAGAGGAAGGAGGUUCAUCCUAAGUACAACUUCUUCACCUACGAGAACGACCUGGCGUUGGUGCAGCUGGAGAAACCGCUGCAGUUCCUUCCCCACAUCUCCCCCAUAUGUCUGCCUGGCAACAACGACCUGCUAAUCGGGGAGCGAGGCACAGUGACCGGCUGGGGCAGACUCUCCGAACACGGGAGAUUGCCCUCCGUGCUGCAGAAGGGAUCGGUGCCCAUCGUCAGCAACGCCAAGUGCAAGGAGAUGUUCCUGGAGGGUGGCCGACGGGAGCACAUCCCGGACAUCUUUCUCUGCGCCGGCUACGAGAAGGGCGGCAUCGACUCCUGUCAGGGGGACUCCGGCGGGCCGCUACAGGUUCGGGGAGCAGAUGGCAGGUACUUCUUGGCGGGAAUCAUCUCCUGGGGAAUCGGAUGCGCCGAGCCCAACCUCCCUGGCGUGUGCACUAGGAUCUCCAAAUUCGUUCCUUGGAUUCUUGACAUUGUUACCUAAGCCAUGGCAGGACGAGAAAAACACAGUACAAGUGGACUGAUUUCCAUGUGUGAGAACAAUGAUGCUAGCCUCUGCGAGCGGCGGACUUAGUGCUCAAACGUGAACUCCUUGCAAUCGACAAGUCCAUGGCGGUGAUGACAUUCGAAAGUGAAGCGCUGCUCAGAGACUGGGUCGCGACCAAAGGCGAGCCUCUUAACAACAAUAUUUUGUGGUGUGGCAUAUUAAGUAUACUCGAACUGUUGAUUGAAAAGCAGUUAUGGCUCAGUGCAUGCUCAAACAAAUGAUGCACCCCUACACACACACACACACACACAC